CCGGGUAGCGCUCGCUACGCUUCGCCCCUCACCCCUGGCCCCAGCUCACAGAAUGGACCAAUAGGGUGCAUUUUUUUUACCGUGUUACACUGGGGUCCUACCAAACGCUAUAAAAUUCCUCCACCAUUUCCCCCCCACCCCUCACCGCACCCAGCUGCUGCGCCGCUACGCAACCGCAGCCUCAGCCUCAGGAGCUAGCGUUCAACUCAGAAAGGAGGGCAGAGCAUCGAGGAAUGGCGUAGGAGCUCCUCCUGGGCCUCGGCGGCACGCAUGCGCGCGCGCCCCACAGGACGUCGGAGGCGGGCUUGGAAAGGGGGGUGGUCUCGCGCGGUCUCAGGGUGGAGUUCCUGGCGGCAGAGACGGCGAGCGACGGGAGAGGAAGGCUGGCAUUUCUUGGUCUUCGCCGGCGGAGAAGGCGGGGACGCGGAGGAAGAGUUCUGUAGUUUCUAGUUCUGGAUCUUGUAUCCUAAGGGCCGACCGAACCUGUGGCUUGGCGGAUUCGGCGGCCCACGGGAGGAGCUGGAGGGUCAGCUGCGGCGGAGAUUUCCUUCAUGGAAAGAGCCUUGUAAUAUGAUUAUGAAGUUUCUGUUUCAAGAAGUUUCUUCUGGAAUAAAAAUGGAUUUUAUAUGGCAGAAUCAAAAUAAUUGUUUUUUUAUAUAAAAAAAGUGGUGCAUAUUUUAAAUAAAUAAUCAUGACAACUUCCCAUAUGAAUGGGCAUAUUACAGAUGAAUCAGACAUUGAAGUAAAAAAUGUUGAUCUGACAUCUCCAGAAGAACCUCAGAGACAUCGAGAGAUGGCGGUUGAUUGCCCUGGAGAUUUGGGAACUAGAAUGAUGCCAGUGCGUCGAAGUACACAACUAGAACGAAUUCGCCAGCAACAGGAGGACAUGAGGCGUAGGAGAGAAGAAGAAGGAAGAAAACAAGAACUAGACCUUAAUUCAUCCAUGAGACUUAAGAAACUAGCACAAAUCCCUCCUAAAAUUGGUAUAGAUAAUCCUAUUUUUGAUACUGAAGAAGGAGUUGUCUUGGAGAGUCCUCAUUGUGCUGUGAGGAUAUUAGAAGUAGAAGACCUGUUCUCUUCACUCAAGCAUAUUCAGCAUACUUUGGUAGACUCCCAGAGCCAGGAUGACAUUGCUCUGCUUUUACAACUUGUACAAAAUACUGAUUUCCAGAAUGCAUUUAAGAUACACAAUGCUGUCACAGUGCAUAUGAGUAAGGCCAGCCCUCCAUUUCCUCUCCUCUCCAAUGCACAAGACCUUGCACAGGAGGUUCAAGCAGUUUUGAAACCAAGCCAUCAGAAGGAAGGACAGGAAUUAAAUGCUUUGCUAAAUGCUCCUCACAUUCAGGCACUCUUAUUAGCCCAUGAUAAGGUUGCUGAACAGGAAAUGCAGCCAGAGUCCACUACAGAUGAGAAAAUUUAUGAGAGUGUUGGCCAGUAUGGAGGGGAGACUGUAAAAAUAGUUCGUAUUGAAAAGGCUCGAGAUAUUCCAUUGGGUGCUACCGUUCGUAAUGAAAUGGAUUCUGUGAUCAUUAGUCGGAUAGUAAAAGGAGGUGCUGCAGAAAAAAGUGGACUAUUACAUGAAGGAGAUGAAGUUCUGGAGAUUAAUGGCAUUGAAAUUAGGGGAAAAGAUGUCAAUGAGGUUUUCGACUUGUUGUCUGAUAUGCAUGGCACACUCACAUUUGUACUGAUUCCUAGCCAGCAUAACAAGCCCCCACCUGCCAAAGAAACAGUGAUCCACGUGAAAGCUCAUUUUGAUUAUGAUCCUUCUGAUGACCCCUAUGUUCCUUGCCGAGAAUUAGGUCUGUCUUUUCAAAAAGGAGAUAUACUUCAUAUCAUAAGUCAAGAAGAUCCUAACUGGUGGCAGGCCUACCGAGAAGGAGAUGAAGAUAAUCAACCUCUGGCAGGACUUGUUCCAGGGAAAAGCUUCCAGCAACAAAGAGAAGCCAUGAAACAAACUAUAGAAGAAGACAAGGAACCAGAAAAAUCAGGAAAAUUGUGGUGUGCAAAAAAGAAUAAGAAGAAAAGAAAAAAAGUUUUGUAUAAUGCCAACAAAAAUGAUGAUUAUGACAAUGAAGAGAUACUAACUUAUGAGGAAAUGUCACUUUAUCACCAGCCAGCAAAUAGGAAAAGGCCUAUCAUCUUGAUUGGCCCACAGAACUGUGGCCAAAAUGAACUUCGUCAGAGGCUUAUGAAUAAUGAAGUUGAUCGAUUUGCAGCUGCAGUUCCCCAUACAACUCGGAGUAGACGAGACAAUGAAGUAGCUGGCAGAGAUUACCACUUUGUUUCACGACAAGCUUUUGAAGCAGAUGUAGCUACUGGAAAGUUUAUUGAACAUGGUGAAUUUGAAAAAAAUUUGUAUGGUACCAGCAUAGAUUCCGUGAGGCAGGUGAUCAACUCGGGCAAAAUAUGCCUUUUAAAUCUUCGUACACAGUCUUUGAAGAGCCUUCGGAAUUCAGAUUUGAAGCCAUAUAUUAUCUUCAUUGCACCCCCUUCUCAAGAAAGGCUUCGUGCAUUAUUGGCCAAAGAGGGCAAAAAUCCAAAGCCAGAAGAAUUGAGAGACAUUAUUGAGAAAACUAGAGAAAUGGAGCAGAACAAUGGCCACUACUUUGACACUGCAAUUGUGAAUUCAGAUCUUGAUAAGGCCUAUCAGGAGUUGCUUCGAUUAAUUAACAAACUUGAUACUGAACCUCAGUGGGUACCCUCCACCUGGCUGAGGUGAAAAAAAUAAUCAUUCCAUAGCAUGAGCGUGCUUUUCUCUGGCAAACUGCCAACAAGGAAAAUUGCCUCCAUACUUUUAAUGAAAGUAUUAGGUGGCCAACAGUCUCUUAUACCUCUGUUUUUAUAUCUCUUAUGUUAAUAUGAUUGGACAAAGGCAUUCUGGCUGUUGGUGAACAGUGUUCUUUACUCAUUGUUAUAGGGAUUCUUUACUCAUUUUUGGAUUAUAAAUGUUACUCUUUAGACAAAGCAAUCCCAUUUUAAUUAUGAAAAUCUUUGAAUCCUGUUUUUACUUAACUAAAUCUUUUUUCUAUCCAGUCACAUUUCCAUAAAUGUAAUGCGUGUGCAUACAUGUAUAUAUACAAUCCAUGUCACAUAGUUAUAAAUAUUGAUGUUAUUUAACACUAAAGAAUUUACCGAGUAGAAUCUUUGGCCCUUUUAGAAUAUGUCUCUCAAGUAUAGGGCAGGACUGGUUGUGGUUAUUAGAAGCCCUUUUUUAAAAAAAUAAAAAAAAGGCAAAAAUACACUGAUUUUAUUUUCCUUUUUUAAAAAAGAUAUGCUACUUUCAUCUGGUUCUACCCUGUUAGGCUUGAAUACAUUUUAAAGCUUAUUUUAUUUUCUCAUAUACUAUACUCUAUUUUGACAGUACUAUAAUUUGGCUAAUAUUUAUAAUGUAAAUAUUUAAAAAUUUUGAUCUUUUCAGAACAAACUUUAUAUGUUAGACUUAACUUCACCUUCAGCAACCUUGAGUCCAGUGAAAGACUAUAUGGUUGGUAUUUUAAGUGUGAAUAUUUUAUGUACCUCUCUCUUCUCUUUAUUUUAUACACCAACCUAUUUGGGAACUUCUUCCUUCCUCUGAUCUGAGUACAACAGAAGAUAUAAGUUACAUUAUUGUGGAAGAUGUUCAUAGGGAAUGUGAUUUUUUUUUAAUAAAAUGGGUUUCUUCCUCAUAAUGCAAGUAACUUUAUUUUUUUAAAAAUAUAUGAGGAUACUGAAUACUAGAUGUCUUAUAUUUUAAUAUAUGAGCAUAGCAUUUCUUGUUACUAUUAUGGGUAAUAAACUGGAACUGAUUACUGAAUAUAGCUGCUAUACUGUAAACUAAUAUUUAAUAGAUCGAGCAACAAUUGACGUCCACUUGCUCAAUAUUGGAGUAAAAUUAGUUAAAUCCUGGUGAAAUACUGUAAAAGUUGACUUUGAGAUCAGAAGGAAAGGAAGACCUGAAAGUCAUUUGAAUAGCACUUUAGGAAAACAGCAUUGGAAAAAUUACUAUUAAAUGUACAGAAACAUGAAUUUUGUCCUAGCUUUGUCUUGCCCUGUAAGACCAGAAUACCACUUCAGGCUACAUCCAGAGUUUGUAUUACUUAAUCUUGAGGCUUGCUCUGUAGCUGCCCAUCUUUACAAUAUUAGUAUUAGCAUGGAAAGGCGGUUUUUAGUCUCUUCAUCUUUUAGGAGGCAAUAUGUGAUUCAGGUGAAGAGGUAAAGGAGAGCGGGGACAAAACAUAAAAUGUGAAUGUUAAUUUUCCUUUUUAAUAACUUUUUAGCUGCAAUAUUUCCUCAUUUCCAAAACUAAACACUGGAAUGAAGUUGACUUGGAGCUUAAUUUAACAUAAGCUGUUAAAAUUUUAAUGGAUUGGUUUAUCACAUUGUCUUGUGUAUAUAUUUGAUUUUUCUCUUUGCUAUACUUGUAAUAGAAAACUCUAGGUAGUCUGUCUACAUUACUUUUUAGGGGGGGGUCAAAUUCAAUAGCCUUUAAAUUGACUGGAAUGGUAUAUUGCAUGGAAAUAUUUUUAAAAAAUAUUUUUCCUUAAUAUGCAGUUGUUAAAGAGAUUUGAUAAAUCCUUUUUUCAUCAAGUCUUGAGAGACCACAGCUAACAUCUUGCCUAAGAAAAUGGAAUGAAAAGGAAGCACAGAUUGAAUUUGAGGACAAAAAUUAGAAGUUUUACUUUGCACUUAACUCUCCAAAUCUCUACAACUUUACUUUGUUCUCAGGAAUUACAAGUGGAGAUCAUAUGGCCUGCGUUAACAUUUUGAUGGCUCUAAGGAUUAAGACUGGUACUGUGCAGCGUUAUCAUAUAUAGGGAUGGUCUUAGAGUUUAUAAUACCACUAUGUAUGUAUAUUGUGGCUUGCCCUGGAGUUGAAUGAAUAUGGAGUCUUUGCAUAAAAUGGCACUCCUGCUACUCUACCCUUCCUGUGCUGCACUGCAGCUUAGGUAUACUUUUAGGAAUAUUUGACAAAACAUUUGUCUCCGAUAAGACCUCAUGUUUCCUUUGCCACUCCCGCUCUCUCCAUAUGGCAGUGGUUGAUGAGCAGGGUAGGUUCUCGGAUACUUUCUCCAUCCAUGUCUUAACUUGCUUUCAGUACAUAAAGGAUGUGAAAACUUGCUAAAACAUUUUUUUGCUGAUUUUCUCAGUCUCCUUAGGCAACUGAUGAGAAAGAAUUUGUACUUCAAAUCAGAAUGCAGCCUUGAUUCAUACAAUUAUCUGUCCAAACUUCAUUUCCAGUCUUCUCUGUGCUUUUGUUCUGAUUUGAAUUCCCUUAUCCGGGAAUUGAGAACCCUCUAUUUUUUAAGAGAAAAUUGUCCCUUGGAUCUCAGAUGUAUACAUUAUUGUAAGAAAUGUUUCCUAUACAAAAAUUUUAGUAGAUUAUAACUUUAAUUUCCAACUGAUUCAGGAGGGAGACUUUUGACAUUUUGAUCAAUCCAGGUUUGCUUUCCAUGAAAAUUUAAUAUCUGGAUACCCUCCCUCUCUAAUGAUAGCAUUAACAAUUAUUAAUAUGAAUGUAACUAUGUUUUCAAAAUAUGAACCCCAGGGACUUUGCCUUAGUAGAGGUAAUUUUCCUGAAACCUGUGGUUAACCCCACUGUACUUUUCUACCCUGUAACUGCACUGUGUAUUUUAUGAAAUGUCAUAAACUGCACAACACCAUAAUGUAAAAAAUGUAAAAUUAUAUUUCUAGAUUUCAAAUAAAAAUCACCAUAUCUUAUUUGUUAUAA